UGGUCGACGCUUCCGCCCAGUUUUCCGAUGUUCAUUGCUCGAGUUGAAAAUGGAGUUCGAUUAAAGCAGAUGUCCAACAACUUCUUCGGGAAAAUGUAACUCACUGUAUUUGCCUUUUGUAUGUCAAUUUCUUAAUAUAAAUUAUGUUGUACACUUUUCUAGCUGUGGAGGCUAUAAUUCAACGUACACCGACACAUUGACGGACCAACCAGCGCUUUUUAAGUUGUCCUGGACCUGAAGUUGGAGAGGGGAAUGCUCGAUAACUAGCCACUAAUAACGUGCCAAAUGUCGGUUUUAUUUUGUACACUUUUUAGCAUCUGAACGCAUUGGAUUUCGUUUUACCGAAGAGGAUGACGAAGAUGUGCAUUUUGUUGAGGUUGGAUUUUACUUCCAAGGAAAAUAAAAUUAAUAAUCGGUUGUCACUCCUCGCAAUUGAGUUACAAAAUUAGCUAGGCUACUUGGUUUUCUUAAAAGAGCUCAGUAAUGCAUGCAGCAUUGUAAGACAAUUAACUUUUAUACAAUAUCUAGUGAUUUUAUGCGAAAGAAAAUGGUGAUAUUUGCGGUUUAUUUCCCCGCCGUCACUGCGUCCUCGAUGCUAUUGCCAGGAUUUGGAUCCCCGUGAGAAAAAAUGAGCGAAGAUUCAACAAAUCCAAACGAUGACUGCAGCAGCACAACACAUAAGAUGGCCAACAUAUGAUGCAAUUGAAGAUCAAGGAAGAUGGUGGGAAAAGAACAUGACAGUUAUGCGCGUGUGAGAGCAGUGGUCAUGACUCGGGAUGACUCCAGUGGUGGGUGGCUGCCUCUGGGAGCUGGGGGUCUCAGCUGCGUCACCGUCUACAAAGUCAGCCGGACACCGGACAGUGACAGCAGCACCACAGCAGACUUCCUCAUCAAGGGGGAGCGGCUCAAAGACAAAUCGGUUGUUCUGGAGUGUAUUCUAAAGAAGGACCUGGUCUACAACAAGGUCAACCCCAUAUUUCACCAUUGGAGGAUCAACGACAAAAAGUUUGGCCUGACCUUCCAGAGUCCUGCAGACGCCAGGGCCUUUGAUAGAGGGAUCCGCAGGGCCAUCGAGGACAUCAACCAAGGCUGUCCUGCGUUUGACGACUCGGACUCUCUUGAAGAUGGAUUACAGCCCCUGUGUGAGGCGCUGCCCUCCAUCUGUACGCCAAUGAAGGAGCCCUUUUCCCCCCUGAGUGUCCACAAUGUGGUGUCCACAGAACCCUACCGGGGCUGCUACGUCCGCGCUCAGCCCUUUGACCAGUUUCCCUCCAGCAACCACCACUACCUGCCGCCUCAGGUGUCCUUCAAGUCUACGCGCCAUGUGAGCUUUCACAUGGAUGAGGAGGAGAUCGUAAGGAUCAACCCUCGUAAGGAUGUUCUGAUUCGCGGCUACGAGGACUACCGCCACCCAGUCAUGUGGAAGCAGGAGGCAGAGCGAGAGGACCCUGACUUCCCUGCCCUGUUCCACAAACUGGACAGCAAGAAGUGUGAGUACCUCUUCCCUGAGGGGCCGGGCAUGGAGUCCCACUCAGGCCCUGGGAGUAUGGGCACAGGACUGGGGCUAGGGCUGGGUAAAGACUCCUCCAAGGUGCAGCCCUCACCGCUGCUCAAGUCCAAAAAAGGGCGGCGGAGGCGGGAAGACGGGGAGCGUUCUCGCUGCAUCUACUGCCGGGAAAUGUUCAACCAUGAGGACAACCAGCGGGGUCAGUGCCAGGAUGCUCCUGACCCCAUCAAGCAGUGCAUCUAUAAAGUCAGCUGCAUGCUUUGUGCCGAGAGCAUGCUGUACCACUGCAUGUCCGACUCGGAGGGAGACUUCUCGGACCCGUGCUCGUGUGACACGGCUGACGAGCAGUUCUGCCUGCGCUGGCUGGCCCUGACGGCACUGUCCUUCAUCGCUCCCUGUAUGUGCUGCUACCUGCCUCUGAGAGCAUGCCACCACUGUGGGGAGGCCUGCAGAUGCUGCGGGGGCAAGCACAAGGCCGCUGGGUGACCUUACUGAACUCUGACCCCUCACCCGGGAUGACCUACCCACAACACAGCUAGCUGACACAGGAAAGCGGAAAAAAGCUGGGUAUUCAAAUGCCGGCAACCUUGUUUUUCAUUCACCUCAGAGGGGGUGACAUGUUGUUGUAGACGCCGGGCUCUGGAGGUCUUUUGUGUCCUUCGACGCAGAGAGCAGUGGAAGACUAACCGUGUGCUUUACGGGCUCUGAGCGUGAAGUAGAGUUCAGGAGCUGAACGCGAGGAGAAGGCAUUGAGACUAGCAGACAUGGAAAUAUUAUUAAACACUCGUACAUAAUACACACAACAACCAGGCCACCAUGUCACUCUCCCUACAAGUAAUGUUUAACUUUAUGAAGGAAUAUUGUCUUUUGUACAGAGAGCAGCAACUACACAACAACAACAGCAAAAAAAGAAAAGAAAAGAUUUGUGCAUACAGAAAACAAACUUGAAGUAUGCUAAAAGGGAUAUGUUGUUGUAACAUUGGCAGGUCCUUUAUAACUCGAGCAUUCGCUGACGGUGUAAUUGUUAGAGAAGGUGCACUAGAAAUGUUUAUCCCCCUUCACACAAUUCUAAUGGUACAUUAACCUUAAGACCAUUCUUAUUGAGUCAUUUAACAGUUGCUGUGGUGGAUGUGUACAUGUUUCCUUAUUUUUCCUAUUCAUCAAUUGUUGAACAAAAAAAGAAGGUAACACCUUUUUAUCUUUUGCUGGUACAGUCUGACAUAGCUAGAUGUUAGAAUGAUUUCCUUGUUUUGGUAAGGUGAUGUGGACCACUUAAUUGCAUUCCAACAUAAAGUGAUCAAUUCCAUGAGCCGGAGCGAAAAUAUGGUCAUGUCUUUUGCAGUCCUCCAUCCCCCGAACUAGUCAAGAAUUAAUGUUAGCACUUCUUGACUCAUCUUCCAUGAGACCAAAAUUCCAGGUACUUUACCAGAUUUUCUAUUUUGACUCCAUCACAUCUUCGCUUCAUGGUAAAACUGUUGUUUUUUAUUUAAAGCUGAAGUUUUUCCUCAACCAGCAAGUUUUUCUGUUUAAUGUUGGUGAGUAAGGGGUCUUGAGUGCCCCUUUGUUGAACAAGGCACUUAAAUUAGACUAGUUUGGGGAAAAGCUUUUGUUUUUAUUAGUCUGAAACUAGAAAUGACCAACUAAAACUCUAAUUUUGUGUGUGAAAAGCCAACCUUGAAAGCACUGGUCUCCAAGCUUUGGUUACAGCACCAUCUUCAAAUUUCAAAAGUACUUGAUGUCUGUCCCCUUGUGAUUUGAAGCAUUUGUAACGAGUCAAAUGUACUACUGUUAAGUCAUUUUGCAGCUUGUCCACGGUAAGUCAGAGAAUACAUAGUUUAACAUUGGCCCAGUCAUGAAUGAACAGGUACCUCAUUUUAAAUGUCAAAGGGCAUUUGCCUAUAAGUAAUUAUAGCAUAUGGGUAUGAUUGUUUGUUACACACUAUAUGUGCGUAGGUCUUCAUAUGCAGUGAGAUGUCAAGCACAGUGAUCAUAGAAUCUGAUAACUAUGUUGACUCGUUGUUACAAACCUGACUUUGUUGAAAGCUGAUGGGGAGAUACAGUAUGAAGGUCCUUGUUGAAAUCCAUAUUUCACUCCGAGGAACAUAGCCACAAUAACUGUAGACAUACCUCUGGUUGUAUUCAUUUGAUGCUGCGUCUUUAAAAGACAGUAUGUUAUUGCUAAUUCCACUGUUUUAAGAAAUCAGUCUGCCUGUGUUCCGGAAUUGUUUUUGAGAACAAAGAAAUUGGUUUCUUUGAUCAUUUAGGCCAGCGGUGUCAGUCAUUCCACGGAGGGUUGAGUGUCUGUGGGUUUUUGUUUUUUUCCUUUCAAUUAAGACCUAGACACCCAGGUUAGGGGAGUUCCUUACUAAUUAGUUCAUCAAUCAAGUACAAGGGUGGAGCAAAAACCCUCAGACACUCUAUGGAAUGAGUUUGACAUGUGAUUUAGACAAAAUCGUUAUCAAAAGGAUUUAAAGUCACCCCUAUUUAAAAAGCUUGUCAUUACAGCCCUGUACUGUAACCAAUAGAUAUGCACACCAUCCCCCGGACCACCCCUUCUUGAGAAGGACGUGGCAACCCUGUCGUCGCCAGACUGUAUGGGGGCAGUCAACUUCUUCCAUAUCCCUCUCUUAUGCCCCAUGCGAGGUACCAACCAACACUCUUUACUUUCUAUGCAAACUGUUGACCAUGAGAAACACGGACCUCUCCACACUGAGUCAGUGACAGGACACUUUACUAACGCUAUGUAGACGUUACCCCAGGUACUAAACUCCAAGCACCUAUAAAUAAGUAACACUAUAUUUAAAUACGAGGAUCAGAAUCCCAUUUUGUUUUUUGGAAAUUAAGAGAGCUGUAUUUGUCAUUGCUGUCAGCAUAUACUGUAGCUUCAAUUGACAGCAUUAUGUACAUAGGUCACCUUUUAGUAUUAUUUCACAUUGAAAGUGGAGGGCGUUCAUGAUGGAAAUGACAAUUGAGCUUUUAAUGGAGUUUCAUUCUAGUUUUCUAUGAAGGGAGGAAGGGAGUGCUAACAUGGUACAGUAGUGGCAGUCCACUUAUUUAAAAAAGUUACAUAUAUAUAUAAAGCUGCUAGAUACAAUCACUCAUGUUUUAUUGAUUUGAGAGAAAAGUCAGCACCUAGUUCCUAUGACCGCAUAUAACCAUGUGUGUGCGUGCUCAUUUGGUUGGUUUAUCCAUGUUUUUAUUGAUUUGAGAGAAAAGUCAGCACCUAGUUCCUAUGACCGCAUAUAACCAUGUGUGUGCGUGCUCAUUUGGUUGGUUUAUCCAUGUUUUUAUUGAUUUGAGAGAAAAGUCAGCACCUAGUUCCUAUGACCGCAUAUAACCAUGUGUGUGCGUGCUCAUUUGGUUGGUUUAUCCAUGUUUUUAUUGAUUUGAGAGAAAAGUCAGCACCUAGUUCCUAUGACCGCAUAUAACCAUGUGUGUGCGUGCUCAUUUGGUUGGUUUAUCCAUGUUUUUAUUCUCCCAUGUUGUAAUUUGGAUUGCCCUGCAUAUUUCAAGCUGAACCCAAGAUAAGAUGAACCUGAUUUAAAAACUUGCUGGCUGAGGAGUAAAGUGUAGGAUGUACAUUCAUACAAGUUUAGCUGAGAGAUACUGAAAUCAUCUGUUUCAUUCUGCAUUAACCAGCACAGUGUAACUCGCUAUCAUGUACUGUAUUAUAUAUGCAACAUGUUUGUCUGCUUUAAUAUAUUUAUGUUUUACCUGUCAGUUAACUUUGCAUAAGACUUCAGUUCUUAACCACUUUGCUGCUAGUCUUUUAUUCUUCUUUCAGUCUUGGAAAGUGUGCAUAUUUUUGGAAUGCUUAAAAAUGGACAUUCUUGAAUUUGUCUGCGUUAAAAAGAAAUGCCUAUAUAAACGUGUUCAGUGUAUUUCUUAAAAGGGUUUCUUUUCACAGCAGUUGAGUGGUUACUUUUCAAUUCUCCAAUGCUUUGGUGCACUGAUGAUGUAUGUAGUUUUUUUUUCUUACAGUGCUUGAUGAUGUAACAUUUCUGUGAUUAGUUCUAAAUUGUGGAAAACAUUUGUGUUUUGUAAAUUGCAGUAUAAAUGGUACUCUUAAUUCUUCUGUGAACACUGCCUGUUUCCUUUCUCAUGCCUCUUUUCUAUCAGUUUCUUAGUGCCAUUGGCUUCACAUCCUGACAACCUUGAAAAAGUGCCUCACGUCCAUCAUAGUUUCCAUCUAAAACUUAACAGCUCUUGUUCUGGUUAUAUUGGUUUAUAUGUCUAGGUAUUUCUAUCAUGGUUUGAAAAUUCUAAGUAUAUGAUGUAAAAUGUAUAGUUCAAUAACUCAUGUCAUAGUUGUAUUUUCUUUAUACAGAUGUAACUUGUUACUUUUCAUAAAUAUAUCAUGUAAAUAUGCAUACACUUGUAAUUUGUCAUAUCAAAUAACAUUAUCAUAAUAAAAUGGUGAGUUUUAAUCUUG